AUGGAUUCUGGAGCAACAGAUCAUGUUACUUCAGACUUGAACCAAUUAAGUGCAAGUAGGAGCUAUGAUGGAAUAGAACAGCUUCAGGUUGGCAGUGAUAGUUUAGGUUCUGUUGAGGUUUCUUCCAAAAACAGCACAAAUAGUUUAGAUUCUGUUGAAGUUUCCAACUAUGUACGGUCAAAACUUAGUUCUAGUCAGUCUCCUUCUAUUACAUGUAUUGAGAAUAAAGAUGAAUCUCAUGUAACUGAUUUUACAUCUAAUAAUUGUACUUCUUUGCUGAAUAAUAAGAAUACAGUUCAAUGCCAUUCUAUUCCCUUAAAUUCUACUACUUUGUGUACUGAUUCUGAUUCUUUACAUUCUUUACAUGUUGCUCAACUACAUGCUAAUAAUUUGAAUGAUACAGCUUCUAAUAAUUCUACAACAGAUGCACUGCAUUCUCAUUCACUUGCUGAUACUUUACAUUCUCUUGACAAUACUGAUAUUUCAUCUACUGGUCAAUUGCAUGCUACUUCUUUAUAUCAUUCUGAUUUGAUACAUGAUACAUUACAUUCUCAAUUGCAUGACUUUAGUGCACCAUGUUCAACAGCCCUAGUAUCUGCAUCUAGUAAAAAUAGUAACACUGCUUUAAUUUGGCACAGAAGAGUUGGUCACCCUCAUGCUGAGCAGUUGUUACAGGUUUUUAGAAUUAAGUACAAUCCAUAUGGCUCUCUAAAAAAGUACAAAGCUAGGCUGGUUGCAAAGGGAUUUCAGCAAACUCCAAGUCUUGACUGUUUCGAGACCUUCAACCUAGUGAUUGAACCAUCCACCAUUCGAAUAAUCCUUACCUUGCCCAUAACCAAUGGAUUGGACAUUCAACAAAUUGACAUAAAUAAUGCUUUUCUGAAUGGUACUCUUAAUGAGACUGUGUUUAUGAAGCAACCAGAAGGUUUUGAGCAUCUUGAGUUUCCUGGAUACGUAUGUAAAUUGGAAAAAGCUUUAUAUGGGCUCAAAUAG